AUGUUCAAACGCGUGGCCAAAGCCACGAGCAAGAAGGCCGACGUCGAAGACCUCAAGGAUGCGACAGGGGAUGACACCGCCGUUGGCAUCGACAGGCUAGUCGACGAAUCUUCCAGCUCAGAAGGCGAAGACUCUGACGGCGACGAUGACGAUGACGACAGCGAGGAUGAGGAGCAGGAGCAGGAGCAGGAGCAGGACGAGAAUGUCAGUGAUGCCAAGCGUAAGCGCUCCAAGGAUCAGGAACCAGAGCAGGACGAUGCUGAGGCUCAAGUCUCGAUAGCAGAUGCCAUCCAGGAUCCCAUCUACGUCCCAACAGAGGGUGAAAAGAAGCAUGGCGUGUUUGCAUCCCGUUGCAUCGUCUGCGAGGCUGCCGUGCUCAAAACAGCCAAUCUUGUCACCGCUCAUCUCGAAGCCAAGGCGCACAAGCGACGCAUGGAACGCUUCCAAAAGUAUGUCGAGCAUCAGCUAUCAGACGCGCAGCGCAAGGCCCUCGAUGCAAGAGACGCUGUCGAGCAGAUGGACGAAUGGAAAGCAGAGCAGGACGAACUCGAACGCAAGAAGCUAGCAGAUGCUCCCCCAAGCAAGAAAGCCCUUGCCAAGAAGCAGAAAGCCGCCGAGUUCCGCCAGAAGAAGAAGGAGCAAGCAUUGAAGAGGAAGGCUAAGAAGGCAGCAGAAGAAGGCACCGAGUCGACAAAUACCAAGUCCAACGACAAGAAGACAUCAAAGACUACCAAGGCGGACAAGUCAGACAAGACUGGCUCACCAGCCAAGAAGGCCAAAUAUCAGGCGGUCUAG